AAGGUUCCUACCGGACUGUAUUUUGAGGAGGACGAGGAGGCUGAAUAACAGGAAGAGGAGAAGCAGCCACUAUGGCGGAGACGCACAGCUUGCAGGACCUGCGGCAAGCAGCCGUCGCCUCCAAGGUUUUCGUUCAGAGAGAUUACACCUGUGGCACCAUCUGCAAGUUUCAGACCAAGUUCCCAGCCGAGCUGGAGAGCAGGAUUGACAAAGUGCAGUUUGAGGAAACCAUACAGACCUUGAAUAAUCUCUAUGCAGAAGCAGAGAAGCUUGGCGGCAGGUCGUAUCUGGAGGGCUGUUUGGCCUGUCUCACUGCAUACACAAUCUUCCUCUGCAUGGAAACACACUAUGAGAAAGUGCUGAAGAAGAUUGCCAAGUUCAUCCAGGAGCAAAAUGAGAAGAUUUACGCUCCUCUUGGGCUUCUUCUGACCGACCCCAUUGAGAGGGGGCUCAGGGUCGUGGAGAUCACUAUAUUUGAGGAUAGAAGUAUUGGUUCAAGAUAAAACACACCAAAGGUAAGGAUCAUGUUUGGAACGUGAUUGCUGGCCUGCUGGACUCAGAACCUGCUUCUCCAUCUCAUGAUAUCACAACCCUACUGCUUUAAAUGUAGAUAGCAUCAUUUUUUUAUUAUUAUUUUUGUUUUGGACAGAGGGAGAGAGUGAAUUAUAUAAUAUAUCUUACAGAAACUCUCCAAAUCAGCUUUCCCUCAGUUAGCUGCUUUCCGAUGUCUUACUUAAACAGAGUUCUUUUUAAAUCCAUGUUGUGCCAUGUAAUUUUAUAUCGCAUCGUUUGAUUUCUUUACAGCGCGUUUCCCUUCUCUUGUUUUCUGUAUAUACUUGUCUUGAAUGGGAAGUAUAGAUUAAGUGCACAAUGUUCUGCCACAAUACAGUUGCAUAUUAUUAGGAUCUUUUGUGACUGCGUUUCGUAUUAACAAUUUGUUUUCGAGAAAUUCGAUCAAAUAUGUGCUUGUUAAAACGUCUAUACAUACAUAAAGAAGCUUUGAAUGUGUACGAAGAAAUUUGAGAUGGAUAAUUAGUUUGUUGUAAUUAAUGAAUGCAAGUACUAAGUUUAGCUGUUUUACUAAGCUCCAUUCCAUUCCCCUCUUCGAAAAACAGCUUGUGUUUUCUAUUUUAACACUACAUUUGACUCUAUUUACCAAUGAACUACUGUACUUUUAUCGGGGUCUGCAAUAUAAUCCUUAUUACAAACAAACGCCAUCGAAUCCUUAAAAGGCAUGGUUUGCAUUUAAUAUUGCAUCUCCAGCUUGUAUUUCAGACUCUUGUCAGUUCGACCUGUUUCUUGCGUAAAUCUUUUUAUCAGUGUUGUAUCAUAAUGUCUUUUUUGAAAAUCUUUUGACACUUAUUUAAAUGUAUCGUACAAUAAAUAGCGUUUUCUUGAACAAAUU